AUGUAUAGUCAACAAGCUGCGGAACUUAUCCUCAAAGAGCGGGACAUUUUUCCUCCCGUUCUCACGGAAAAUGGUACCGAAAUCGUACAAUUACUCAACAACACAUUCGUCCUGGAAAUGUUCUACAGAAUAACGCAGCUUUAUCACUUUAAGAACUUUAUUUUCUACAUAUCCGAGAGACUGGACCUGAAGAGUAAGGACUCCCAGAAGUUCUUCCACGACUUCUGGACCUAUUUUCCAUUGGCGCCCAACUUGAUAAUAACGAGGGAGCACAGUUUAGCCUUUCCGAUGAGGCAGCUCAUCAGCACUCCAUCGCUGGUGAUGAUCUUCACAACGGAUAGGAACGAUCCCAUUAUGGAGGUGGCUGCUCAGAGUCUGCGUGGGAUACGUUGGCUCAAGACGAUAUUAAUUCUCUUUCCAAGCCGCGAAAGUCGCGAUUUUGAGUCUAGUCUGGAGUCGUUCGCCCGUUUCUCGGCGGAGAUCAAGGACGUUUACGACUGGGCGUGGAGCAAGCAGUUUCUGAACACAUUGUUGGUUACCAUCAGAGACAACGUCUUCGUGCUGGAUCCCUACCCCACACCCUCGGUUGUCAAUAAGACGGGCGUUUGGAGGGCCGAGGAUUUCUUCGUGAAGUAUGCGGAGAACAUGAAGGGCUAUGUGGUGAGGACCCCCAUUAUGUACGAUCUGCCGCGGGUCUUCAAGUCGGACCGACCCAGCAAGACGUUCGAGCAGAGCUACGUCCACGGAACCAGCGGGAAUUUAUUCAUGGGAUUCCUUGAGUUCGUCAAUGCCACGUUGCUGGACACCAGCGUGAAUAUGACAACGGACUAUUUGAACAUGACGAACCUGCUGGAAUUGGUGUCCCACGGAGUGUACGAGACCCUGAUCCACUCCUUCACCGAAAUAACAACCAAGUACGUGGUCGGCUAUAGCUAUCCCAUCGAAAUCAAUGACGUUUGCAUAAUGGUGCCCUAUCGCAAUCAGUCGCCUGCGGAUCAGUACUUGCGGGAGGCCCUUGAGGAGAACGUGUGGCUACUCAUAAUCCUCUUCACUCUCUACAUUGCCCUGGCCAUCUGGUUGUGUUCGCCGCUAAGGCCUCGUGAUUUCAGCGCCGCAUUUCUGCAGUCCAUCUGCACGCUUACCUACAGUGCGCCCACCUUCAUCCUGCGCACGCCAACGCUGCGUAUGCGCUAUCUGUACAUUGUGCUGGCGAUCAUGGGUAUAGUCACCUCGAACAUGUACAUUUCCCGGAUGACCAGCUACUUCACCAGCGCCCCACCGCCGCGACAGGUGAACACGGUGCAGGAUGUGGUGGAGGCCAAUCUGAGGAUCCAAAUGCUGGCCGUGGAGCACGAAAGGAUGGUCGAAUCACCACAGCAAUAUCCGGCCAGCUAUAUGCGCCAGCUGGACUUGGUGGACAAGCGCAUGCUGGACCUGCAUCGAGAGCCAUUCAACACCUCCUUCGGGUACACGGUGAGCAGCGAUCGUUGGCGAUUUAUGAACGUGCAGCAACUCGACCUUCGCAAGCCCAUCUUCCGGCUGACGGACAUUUGCGAGGGCCCGUUCUACCACGUCUUUCCCAUGCACUUCGACUCCCAUCUGCGCUCCUCCAUGACCGAGUACAUAAUGAUUGCCCAGCAGGCGGGCCUCAUGGAGCACUGGAAGAGAGAGGCAUUCUGGGAGGCCGUGCACCUGCACCGCAUCCAAGUGCAUCUCCCCGACGAGCAGCCGAUGGCCCUCGGAUUGAGUUUCUUCAACAGCGCGCUUCACACCUGGACCUUUGGUUUGCUGCUUGCCGGCCUGGCCUUUGCGGCGGAGAUGAAAUGGCACGAGUAUGUGACACUCAAGCGACGUCCUAUCAUUGGACUAUUCUGCAAGCCCAGGUCCUUUCUCAGGCGAUUCAUACAGUUGUGA